UUCUCCAACCAGGAAACAACCCUAAAAGAAGGAGAACCAGAGACGCAGAAACAUCGGGUUUGAAAUCUAGUAAUCUGAGUAUUUCUGAGGGUAAUCGGAGUAAUUAAAGUGUCUGAUCUCCUGAAGGAGCCAAGGAGAGCGAUCGAUCUGCAGAUGGCCGGCUUCCUGGACAGUUUCCGCUGGCCGGAGUGUGAGUGGAUUGACUGGGGAGAGAAGAGGAACGCCGUGGCCUCAGUGGUGGCUGGAGCUCUGUUCUUUACGGGCUGGUGGGUGAUAAUCGAUGCUGCAGUCAUGCAUCCGACUCAGGAAGCGAUGAACCAUUCCUUCCAUACCUGUGGAGUCUUCUCGACCAUCGCGUUCUUCAUGAUUAAUGCUGUUUCCAACGGCCAGGUGAGAGGAGACGCAUACGGAGAAGGCUGCCUGGGAAGGAUAGGAGCUCGUCUGUGGCUCUUCAUCGGCUUCCUGAUCAUGUUCGGAUCGUUCAUCGCCUCCGUCUGGAUCCUGUUCGCAGCAUACGUCGUGCCAAAGAAAGAAGUCGCUCCGGGUCUGGCCGUCUUCUUCCAGAACGCCUUCAUCUUCUUCAGUUCGCUGAUCUACAAGUUCGGGCGCACAGAGGAUCUGUGGGGCUAAACGGCAAAUCUUCACUUUUUAUUCUUUUAUUCUUUUCCUCUGACGCGUCUGUGGCUGUAAAUAUCAUCCCUGCUCCUGAAAUACGAGCACGUCCUUAAUAGUUUGUUGAUUUUAAGGCGUUAUUUGUUUGCAUUAGAUAUCAAAGAGAGAAUCUUAGUGUUUUACAGCCGGUUAAAAAGCAACUUUUGAGUAAAUCAUCAGUAAAACUGGAGCUCUGACCUGGAAGCUGCUCUUUAAGGUCACUUAAAGGGGGGGCGGGGGUUAUUUAUUGAAUUUGAAGCCGUUGCUUCAAUAAACGCUGGAACAUUUUUACCUGUAGCUGUAAAUUAAAGUCUUUAAUUUUUUUAUCAGA